ACUUUAUUUAGACCUCUGUUCCCUCUGUUCUCUCUGUUCUCUCUGUUUCCUUCUGUCUCUUUUCCUUCAUGUUUCCACCUCUGUUCCCUCUAUUCUCUCUGUUCUCUCUGUUCCCUCUAUUCUCUCUGUUCUCUCUGUUCUCUCUGUUCCCUCUAUUCUCUCUGUUCUCUCUGUUCUCUCUGUUUCCUUCUGUCUCUUUUCCUUUAUGUUUCCAACUCUGUUCUCUCUGUUCUCUCUGUUCUCUCUGUUCUCUCUAUUCUCUCUGUUUCCUUCAUGUUUCCACCUCUGUUCUCUCUAUUCUCUCUGUUUCCUUCAUGUUUCCACCUCUGUUCUCUCUGUUCUCUCUGUUCUCUCUAUUCUCUCUGUUCUCUCUUCUCUCUGUUCUCUCUGUUCCCUCUGUUCUCUCUAUUCUCUCUGUUUCCUUCAUGUUUCCACCUCUGUUCUCUCUAUUCUCUCUGUUUCCUUCAUGUUUCCACCUCUGUUCUCUCUAUUCUCUCUGUUUCCUUCAUGUUUCCACCUCUGUUCUCUCUAUUCUCUCUGUUUCCUUCAUGUUUCCACCUAUGUUCUCUCUGUUCUCUCUAUUCUCUCUGUUCUCUCUGUUCUCUCUGUUCUCUCUGUUCUCUCUAUUCUCUCUUUUUCCUUCUGUCUCUUUUCCUUCAUGUUUCCACCUCUGUUCUCUCUGUUUGGUUGGCUUCUUUCACCAGAGGCAGGGGCGGACUAGGACCAGAUAUCGGCCCGGGCAUUUCAAACACAUCGGCCCAUUUGUUUCCUUGAGGCACCCACUAUUAAGCAAAUUAUUUUUUUUUAAUUCUGUCCCACUGGCAUUUGCCAGAAUUGCCCUAUGUCCGGUCCAUCUCUGCCAGUCGACCAACACAGUCUGCAGUUGGCUCAGUGCUACUGGUGCAGGAACCAGUUCUUUGUCCCUAACUCCUCUCCGAAAGAGAAAGCUCACGUUUGGUUUCACUGGUUGGUUUUUACAAGCAAAUCGAUAAAAAACGUUGCCUUGUUUUUACUGCAAAUGUACUCCGCUACUUGUACUCCGUGUUUUAAAAAGAGCAGAUUCUGUUUCAUUCAGGUUUUAGCACCCAAAAUAUUUGUUUCGUCGUCAUGUUUUAUUUGACAGUGCCUAAAUAUACAGACCGUUCUCGAUCUGCAUCUGUCAUGUUUGUUUCAACUCUUCGUUUUUUUAUUCGUUUUUAUUUAUUUAUUUGCGUCCCCUUACUCCCCUCACCGUCCCUGUUAUAUACCUUUUGCAGAUAUUUCCAUCAGGAAGCGGAAAGAAAUGUGCGUCAUCUGACACCGGAAAACAUUGGCUAUGCCAAUAAUUAUGCUUUCAGAGAAGAAUAUGUGAAAUGUAUCAAUGUGAACGACAUGUGAUGGGGCUUUAUUGUAACUGUAAAAAAAAUUAUAUUGGGUAUGAGAGGCACACAAUUAGGCUCUCAUGUUGUGGGAAACGAUGGAAGUACAAUAAACUGAAUAGUUCUAACACUGACACAAAAACAUUGAAAAAAUAAAAUAAAAUUUAAAAAGUUUAAUAAAAAAUUAAAAAAGAAGCACAAUCCGUAUGAUUGUUUAUGUUUGAAUGUGGAUAUUAUACGAUGAUAUGUUAUCCUCUUUUAUCUUUAUUUAAAUAUUAGUAUAGACCAUAGUCUCAUCUCAUAUAGAAAGAAACAACAAAGAGAAUCAGAAGUAUAUUAAAAGCACAAAAGUCUCAGACAAACAGAGAAAUACUUCUGCACCAAGCAAUUCAUUAUCUCAGGAUUCAAUACGAGUCUAAAUUCACGGAUGUUUUCAGACCAAUGAUUGGAGAUUCGGGUACCAGGAUUCAAUACGGCUGCGGGUUGUCGACAAGGCGGCUUUUAGAGGCGUUCGGACGAAAAACGUCAUUCACAGUAAGACGCUGCAGAUGUCGGGCUCAAUGGGGAAUCCAGACAGAGUUACAGCGUUGUUAGUCGGACCAGGAGACAUUCCUGAAAAAAUGGGUUUCUUCUCACAACAACAAAAAAAAGACAUCUUUAGCAACCGAACGGUUUGGCCUACUGACUCCGCUCUGCUCGUCUGAAAGGUAACCCAUACAACUGAAUGCUAGUAUGGAGGUAGUUAUGUGCCAACAAAUAUAAAGAGAUAAAUAUGUGUCCAAAAAUAUUUCCAGAGCUUUCUUAAGUCUCCUAGAUAUAGGACAGACAACCUUAUUCCUCAUGAUACAUUUUCUGGACCGUUUUUUUAUGUCAUUUAUGAAUGUGUUAUUCAUUGCUUUUCAAUGGGCUAUAGUAGUAAAAGACAAAAAUUAUAUCUUUAAUCUUGUUUUUUUAUAUACCUAAAGGGGUCCUAAAAUUCCAAAUAUAUAUAUAUAUAUAAUCCACGGUAUAACCCUCUUAAAACAAUUCUAUAUGUUAGAUCAGUAGAACUAUUUUACAGCUUGAUUAAAAAGCCACACUUCCCCGCGGUCACAUUGAAUCCUGGGUAGGAUCAGAAAGUAUCUGGGACACUGACUUUACUAAGGGUCUGAACCUCAUUUUCAUGUCUAUGAAAAACUACUGGUCAGCUUCUAUCUUUCUGAACGACUGGAAGAACCAAAUCCUACGAGUUCUGGGAACAUAAAAAGAGGUUGAUAACACAACAUGGAUCCUUAUUCCCUUCAUAGUGCACUACUUUUGACCAGGGUCCAUAUGAGUAGUGCACUACGAAGGGAAUUAGGGAGCCAUUUGGUACUUGGUCCGAUGUGACUUUAUUGAUCUAACGCUCCCUUGUGAAUAUUGCUGUAUAUGACUUUGCUAAUGUGAUGAUUGCUGGUGGGCAAUAUUGUUGAAUUUUGAGAACCCUUAAACAUUGAAAUGUGUAUAUUAGACAAUAUAUCUAUUUAAAGUAUUCCAGAAUUGUCUCUUGAAUUGUUUUUAUUUUUUAUUUGUCAUUUUGUUUGAUGAAGAACAAGCAUUUUUUUUGUUUCACCACAAGGCAUGUAUAUAAUGUGUAAGUAUUACAUUUUGGUAAAAAUAGAAAAAUAAAAGACUUGUUAUUUAA